UAGAGAGGAGCCCAACCCCGGAUGACAAGGUGUUUCCUCUCGAUGAUCAGGACUGCGCAAAGCCAGCCCACCAUGGAGCUUGCGCUGAGCUGGGUUUUUCUUGUUGCUGCUUUAAACGGUGUCCGGGCUGAGGUGCAGCUGGUGGAGUCUGGCGGAGGCUUGGUGCAGCCUGAAGGGUCCCUGAGACUCACCUGUGCAGCCUCUGGAUUCACCUUCAGUGACUACUACAUGAGCUGGAUUCGCCAGGCUCCAGGGAAGGGGCUGGAGUGGGUUGGUUUUAUUAGAAACAAGGCUAAUGGUAAUACAGCAGAAUACGCUACUUCUGUGAAAGGCAGAUUCACCAUCUCCAGAGAUGACGCCAAAAGCACAAUGUAUCUGCAAAUGACCAAACUGAAAACCGAGGACACCGCUCUGUAUUACUGUGCAAGAGACACAGCAGUUUCUGUGCCACUGAGCUAUAUCCCAGGCCUCUCCAUCUGUUUUUAUCUGCUUCUUAAAAUGAAAGACAAGGACUCUGGUUUUAAUCCUCCGCUCAGGAACGGACAUAGGAGACCAGCGGUACCCGAGGCACAUGGAGCAGGACAUGAGCAAGAGCAGCCAGGAAUUAUUGGGCAGGAGCUGAAGUUGCAUCCACCAAGAAUUUCAUCUCUGGUAGAAGGUGUAGUAGGAGUGACUCCUGCAACAGGACACAGGUCAGAAUCACGGAGUCUUCCUGAAAGAGCAACUGAAGCUGGUGUAACACUUUUCUGUGGGCUACAGAUGCUGUCAGAAAGACCCUGGGACCAAGGCAGGAAUGGUGCUGUGGGUGGGGAGCAGUACAAGCCUCAGCAUCAUACUGGACAGCUGCAGCCAAUGAGCUGGUUCAGGGCCUGGGCAUUCCACAUCCAUGACCCUUCUCUGCAGAAUCCACCAGAAUAUAGCUGCCACCACAGACCGCACCUGAGAAAUCCUCUUCUUGUUGGCAACUACUACAGGUGGCUGAUGCUGAUGGUUCCAAUCCUCCUUCUUUCUUCCAAGGCUUCUGCAGAUAUUCCAGCUGUGCCUACCAGCAAUAUUCAUCCAGUGUGGAGAGCUGAAAAGAAUAAAGGAUCAUGCUCCUGGGCUCCCCUGCUCAGGUCUUCACCUGGCUCCCCCAUGAAGCACCAUGCUCUCAUUCUGUGCUCUGCUUGCCUCCACCACAGACCAGCAGCAGCUGCAGCUGUCACCUCUGAAGGGACUCUGCCUGGCCAAAAAGGAGAAUACAGCCUGGCCUUUUAG